AUGUUUUCAGCUUGGAUGGAAGCAAACAAGACUUACAUAGAGGCAAGGAAUUUGACUUACUCUACUUUUCUUUUCAAGUUUGUUUAUGAUAAAAGAUACCGACGAUGGAAACCACACAAAAGAGGUCAUAGAAUUGGAAGACUAAUUUGGGUUCCCCCAAGUACUGGCGAGCUAUAUUACCUUAGAAUGAUGCUGACAGUUAUUAAGGGACCAACUUGCUUUGACGAUAUAAAAAAGGCGGGUGGGAUCGUUUGUGAGAGUUUUAGAGAUGCAUGCUUCGAAAUGGGACUUCUUAACGAUGACAAGGAAUAUGUUGCAGCCAUAAAUGAGGCGAAGGAUUGGGGUUCCGAAUAUUUUUUGAGAAAGUUAUUUGUCACUAUGUUACUAUCUGGAAUAAUUAAUAGACCGCGUCAUGUUUGGGAGAAAACUUGGAAGACAUUGUCUGACGAUAUUCUUUACCAACAAAGACAAGCGACAAAUAGAAGAGAUGAACAACGUUCGAUAUUAUAUAAAAUCAUGGAAUAUGUCAACAAACAAAGAGGAGGGGUGUUUUUUUUACAUGGUUAUGGAAGGACCGGUAAAACUUUUAUAUGGAGAACGCUAUCAAGUGCACUUCGUUCAGAUAAAAAAAUUAUCCUCAUUGUUGCUUCAAGUGGCAUAGCUUCAUUGUUAUUGCCCAGUAGAAGAACUUCCCAUUCAAAGUUCAAAAUACCCGUGCCAACACUUGACAACUGUACUUGCAAUAUUGACAAAGACACCGAACAUUAUGAGUUAUUUGAAUCAACUGAUGUCAGAAUAUAG